GGACCCGGCAUUCGCUCCCCAUCUCCGUCUCUGCAAAAAAAAUCCAAAUUCCUCUCACCGACACCGUUCGAGCUUUUCCGGCGUCUUGUUUCCAUCUCCGAUAAGCCUCGCCGUGUCUUCCAGUUCCGGUCAAUUCUUCCCUCCACCUCCCCCUACCACAAACCUCAAAAACCCUCGUCAGGGUUCUCUUCUUCCCGAAAUUCACGCCAAAUCUUCAUCCUUUUUCAAUUCUUCUCUCUCUGUUUUAGUCGGAGAAGACUGAGACAGUCCAAAUUCUUGACUUUUUCUUCUUCUCAAUACUCAAAAAUGAAAAAUCUCUCUUGAAAUUAUGCUUCAACUGUUUCUACGGCUGAGCUCAUGACUUUGUUUUGUUGUGAGUGUGUGAAACCAAACCAAUUGGUUUUUCUUCUGAGUUUCUCAAUGACAGAGAUCCUUAGUUCAUGAUUCUUCUGUUCAUAGCUUCCUCAAUUUUUGUACUUAACUGAAAUCCUGCAACUGAAAAGGUUACUUAAAGGGUCAAGAGUAAGCAAUCUUCUCGUUCUCUCCUAAUCUCUUGGAAGCCAGAAUCGAUGGCGGACUCAGACAAUGAAUCCGGCGGUCACAAUAACAGCAACGCCAACAGCGAGUUCUCGCCAAGAGAACAAGACCGAUUUCUUCCCAUCGCCAAUGUGAGCAGGAUCAUGAAGAAAGCCCUUCCUGCAAACGCGAAGAUCUCCAAAGACGCCAAGGAAACGGUUCAAGAGUGUGUGUCGGAGUUCAUAAGCUUCAUCACUGGCGAAGCAUCCGACAAGUGCCAGAGAGAGAAACGCAAGACCAUAAACGGCGAUGAUCUACUGUGGGCCAUGACUACUUUGGGAUUCGAAGAGUACGUGGAGCCCUUGAAGAUUUAUCUCCAGAAAUUUCGGGAGAUCGAGGGAGAGAAGACUUCCAUGGGUCGUCCAGGUGAGAAAGACGGCUCCGGUGGUUCUGGUGCCGGAGGAGGAUCCUCUGGCGGUGGCAAUGGUGGUUUAGUAAAUCAGGGGAACGCCGUCGCCGGUUUCAAUGGAAGUGGGAUGUAUGGUGGGAUGCAGUCGACGAUGAUGAUGAUGGGUCAUCACCAUCAGGGCCACCAGAUGUACAGCUCCGGCCCUUAUCAUCAAAUGGCUAUGGGAGGAGGUGGUGGUGGUGGUGGCCCAGCCAAGGGCAAUUCCGCCGGCUCCGUCGGUGGUGGUGGUGGCGCCGGAGUUGGGACUGCCACUGGGAGGCCAAGGUAGGUAAUGAAUCAGUGAUGAUGAGGAUGAGCCAUUGUCCAUCGAUUAUGAUUGAGAAUUCUUUCUUUCUAUGGAUCAGAUUGGUUCUUGUUGUGUACUUGGCUGGACUUUUUUUUUUUUUUUUCUUUAAUGUGAGUUUUUGAGAGGGUUA